AGCAUCAGUUUGAGUACAACCUCGGCUGUGGAACUCCGAGGCGGAGGAGCUUUUCCGAGUCAACAAAAUUGGGAACGCCACCAACUACUGUAUCUGGUAUUUUACCAACACAAUCAAGAAGAACGUUGAUAGUUACGGGAUUUCAGAACUCAUACCCCAAUAAGCACCUUCCGGCCAACAGCCGCUGCACGAGGGCAAAAAUCGGAGAUCGAGUGGGUGUCGCCUUACAAUUCAUGAAUGUAAUGCUCCGCAAUAACCUCAUCGACACGGUAUCCGAAGAUCGAGUGUGCACCGCGGUAGGAAUUCGAGUCAUAGCCAACAACGAAGUCAUUUCGCUAGCCAAGGCAGCGGGUUAUGACAGCAUCUUCAUCGACCUCGAGCACUCAGUCUUUUCCGAGAAGGACGCCAGUCAAUUAUGUUCGGCGGCCCUAUCAUCAGACAUCACGCCGGUUGUGCGCGUCCCGUAUGAGUGCGGACACGGGUACAUACAACGCGUCCUCGACGGUGGGGCCAUGGGCAUCGUCUUUCCGCAUAUAAAUACUGCUGAGGAAGCAAGGAUGGCAGUGUCCUCGACGAAGUUCCCGCCCAAAGGGAAACGCUCGCUAACGGCCGCACUGCCGCAUUUCCACUUCCAGAAAAUCGGUGCUGCAGACUUGGUUCAGCAGCUCGACAGUACGUGCUCGACAGUUUUCAUUCAAGUCGAGACCCGCGAGUGCCUCGAGAACAUCGAGGCUAUCGCUGCGGUGGACGGUGUCGAUGUCUUACUUGUGGGUGCCAAUGAUUUGUCUCUGGAGCUCGGUGUGCUUGGAGAAUGGGAGCACCAAACAUUCCAGGCGGCGCUGAAGAAAGUUGCCGCGACCGCUCGCAGAAAUGGCAAGGUCUUUGGUAUUGCGGGCAUGUACUCGCGACCGGAUAUAUGUAAGCGGAUCGUCAGAGAUAUGGGAGCCAGGUAUGUCCUCGGCCAGUUUGAUAUAGGCCUGUUGGCAAUGGCUAUGAACAAGAAUGUGGAGAUGCUGAGAGAUCUGAGUACUGGUUUCUAUCCCUACCUCAUGAGUAGUUGACGAUCUCACAGAAUGGUUCUUCAGAAAUGUGCUGGCAGUUUCAUCUGUCGUGGACGUGGAAUCAUGGCAGGGAGAACAAGACCCUCAUCCACCAGAUGCUGUAAGCAUUGAAAUCCGACUUCUCAUUGAUUUCUCAUUGAUUUCUAAAUCAGUAUCUAGUGAACUUUGACCAUGUUGAAAGGUCGCAGUCAUAUCAUGUCGGGCAUAUGCCUUCGACAGAGCACUCAAAACCGUCCUAGAAGACAGUGAAUGUGCUGUUACUUUUCAG